AUCUAAUAUUCUAGCGCUAAAAUGGCAGUGACGCUUCACACAGAUCUUGGGGAUAUAAAAAUCGAGCUGUUCUGUGAGCGUGCCCCGAAAUCAUGUGAGAACUUCCUAGCGCUGUCUGCUGGUGGUUUCUACAACAGCUGCAUAUUCCACAGGAACAUCAAAGGCUUCAUGGUUCAGACUGGAGACCCCACAGGCACUGGAAAAGGGGGGACAAGUAUAUGGGGGAGGAAGUUCGAAGAUGAGUUUAGUGAACACCUAAAACAUAAUGUGCGAGGUGUGGUUUCCAUGGCAAACAAUGGUCCCAACACCAACGCCUCCCAGUUCUUUUUCACCUACGCCAAGCAGCCCCAUCUGGACAUGAAGUACACAGUGUUUGGAAAGAUAAUAGAUGGCUUUGAAACACUGGAUGAACUGGAGAAGCUCCCAGUCAAUGAGAAGUCUUUUCGACCACUGACUGAGUGCCAUAUAAAGGAUGUGACGAUACAUGCAAACCCAUUUGCAGGAUAGACUAGCUUAAACACCGUCGUAUGCACAAUAUGAUCCAAACACAUUGUUUGUACCCAAAACAAUAUUUUGGUUUUAUAUAUUUUUGACCUUUUUGUGUUCUUUUAUUUCAUUUUUUUACAGUUAUUGAUCAUUCGUUAUGUUUUGUAAUAAAGAGUUUUUAAAAUGU